CUGGAGAGAAAUUCGAGACGUCGUGCCACCCACGCGAGACGCCCUGCCACUCACGCGAGACGCUGUGCCACCCACGCGAGACGCCCUGCCACCCACGCGAGACGCCCUGCCACCCACGCGAGGCGCCGUGCCACCCACGCGAGACGCCCUGCCACCCACGCGAGACGCCCUGCCACCCACGCGAGACGCCCUGCCACCCACGCGAGACGCCGUGCCACCCACGCGAGACGCCCCCUGCCACCCACGCGAGACGCUCUGUCCACCCACGCGAGACGCCGUGCCACCCACGCGAGACGCCCUGCCACCCACGCGAGACGCCCUGCCACCCACGCGAGACGCCCUGCCACCCACGCGAGACGCCGUGCCACCCACGCGAGACGCCGUGCCACCCACGCGAGACGCCCUGCCACCCACGCGAGACGCCGUGCCACCCACGCGAGACGCCCUGCCACCCACGCGAGACGCCGUGCCACCCACGCGAGACGCCCUGCCACCCACGCGAGACGCCGUGCCACCCACGCGAGACGCCCUGCCACCCACGCGAGACGCCGUGCCACCCACGCGAGACGCCGUGCACCCACGCGAGACGCCGUGCCACCCACGCGAGACGCCGUGCCACCCACGCGAGACGCCGUGCCACCCACGCGAGACGCCGUGCCACCCACGCGAGACGCCUGCCACCCACGCGAGACGCCGUGCCACCCACGCGAGACGCCCUGCCACCCACGCGAGACGCCCUGCCACCCACGCGAGACGCCGUGCCACCCCGCGAGACGCCCUGCCACCCACGCGAGACGCCGUGCCACCCACGCGAGACGCCCUGCCACCCACGCGAGACGCCGUGCCACCCACGCGAGACGCCGUGCCACCCACGCGAGACGCCGUGCCACCCACGCGAGACGCCGUGCCACCCACGCGAGACACCGUGCCACCCACGCGAGACGCCGUGCCACCCAUGCGAGACGCCCUGCCACCCACGCGAGACGCCGUGCCACCCACGCGAGACGCCCUGCCACCCACGCGAGACGCCGUGCCACCCACGCGAGACGCCCUGCCACCCACGCGAGACGCCGUGCCACCCACGCGAGACGCCCUGCCACCCACGCGAGACGCCGUGCCACCCACGCGAGACGCCCUGCCACCCACGCGAGACGCCGUGCACCCACGCGAGACGCCGUGCCACCCACGCGAGAACGCCGUGCCACCCACGCGAGACGCCGUGCCACCCACGCGAGACGCCGUGCCACCCACGCGAGACGCCGUGCCACCCACGCGAGACGCCCUGCCACCCACGCGAGACGCCGUGCCACCCACGCGAGACGCCCUGCCACCCACGCGAGACGCCCUGCCACCCACGCGAGACGCCGUGCCACCCACGCGAGACGCCCUGCCACCCACGCGAGACGCCGUGCCACCCACGCGAGACGCCCUGCCACCCACGCGAGACGCCGUGCCACCCACGCGAGACGCCGUGCCACCCACGCGAGACGCCGUGCCACCCACGCCGAGACGCCGUGCCACCCACGCGAGACACCGUGGCCACCCACGCGAGACGCCGUGCCACCCAUGCGAGACGCCCUGCCACCCACGCGAGACGCCGUGCCACCCACGCCGAGACGCCCUGCCACCCACGCGAGACCCGUGCCACCCACGCGAGACGCCCUGCCACCCACGCGAGACGCUCUGCCCACCCACGCGAGACGCCGUGCCACCCAC